AUGGUAUACCACAACAGGAGUGUUCUUCACCCAGCCACAUUUUUUCUCAUUGGAAUCCCAGGUCUGGAAAAGGUCCAUGCCUGGAUCUCUCUGCCUUUCUGCUGUAUCUACCUUGUGGCUUUAAUAGGCAAUGCCACAAUUCUGACAGUCAUCAAGGCAGAGAAGUCUCUCCGAGAGCCCAUGUUCUACUUUCUGGUCAUCCUUUCAACAAUUGAUUUGGCCCUUUCUACAACCUCUAUACCUCGCAUGCUGGGUAUCUUCUGGUUUGAUGCUCAUGAGAUUAACUUUGUAAGUUGUGUCGCUCAGAUGUUUUUGAUUCAUACCAUCACUGGCAUGGAGGCUGAAGUCCUGAUGGCCAUGGCCUUUGACCGUUAUGUGGCCAUCUGUGCUCCACUCCAUUACACAAGCAUCUUGACAUCUCGCGUGCUGGUGGGCAUCAGCAUGUGCAUUGUAAUUCGUCCAGCUCUGAUCACAUUCCCCUUCAUCUAUCUCAUUUACCGCCUACCUUUCUGUCAGGCUCGGAUAAUGGCCCAUUCCUACUGUGAGCACAUGGGCAUUGCCAAAUUGUCCUGUGGAAAUAUUCAUGUCAAUGCUGCCUAUGGGCUCUUUGUAGUCUCCCUCUUUCUUCUGAACCUGGUUCUUAUUGGCAUCUCUUACGUUCACAUUCUCCGUGCCGUCUUCCGUCUCCCAUCACAGGAUGCACGGCUGAAGGCUCUAAGCACGUGUAGUUCUCAUGUUGCAGUCCUCUGCAUUUUCUAUAUACCAUCCCUCUUCUCCUUCCUUACUCAUCGAUUUGGACACAAAAUACCACAGUACAUUCACAUUUUGGUUGCAAACCUCUAUUUGGUUAUUCCACCUUCACUUAAUCCCAUUAUUUAUGGUGUGAGGACCAAACAGAUACGAGAGAGAGUUCUUCAUGUGUUUACCAAAAGAUGA